GAAGAGAUCAGGCAGGCUGCUGGAGAAGCCAGGGAAUCUUCCUCCUACUGUGACCAGUUCCCUUCCUCUUGAUCUCCCAGAACACACAGAGGAACAGCCAGUCUAUAUCUGCAUCAGGAACAAUAUGGGUGUGGCUGAAGUGUCAGGCAAAGUUCAUGCUAGAAAGGCCAAAGCAGUUACUCGUUAACCAUUUACUGUAAUAUUUCUGAUUUUAAAAAGCCUUCCAUGCCUCCCCCCAAAGAAACUAUGUCUUUGUUCUGUUUUGUAUAAAGACGUCUCACACAAAUGCUCAAUUCAAUAACGAUGGAGAAGGGUGGUUUUCUUUCUUUCUUUCUUUCUUUCUUUCUUUCUUUCUUUCUUUCUUUCUUUCGGGUGGAGCAAAGAUGAAGAGGAAAUCAGUGAUAUUUGAGAAGUGAAGGGAGAGAGGGAGGAAGAUGAGCAUUCCCAGAAGCACCAUUUAAGGCAACAGUUCCUGGUUGUAGUUACAUCAUGCGCACUUCUCUGCCCUGUCAUAAAGAAAGGGCGAGGGAGCAAGAGCAGGAAUAGCUGACCGAGGAAAAAGGAAGCCUCAGAAUUUCUCGUCGAUCAGUCAGCCCCGCAUCUUGGCAGCAAGAGAAAGCUAAUCCAGGGCUGCCUCUUCUGUCAACAAAGCCACAGACUCUCCACCCACCAUGGCCUCCUAUUCUCCAUCCACAGAUGUGGAGGAUGAAGUUAAGUGCCCCAUCUGCAGGGACUAUCUGACAGACCCCGUGACCUUGGACUGCGGCCACAACUUCUGUCAGGGCUGCAUCCAGAACUGCAGCGAUAAAUGGGAAGAAAAGGGUGCGGGGGACUUGGCGUGUCCUGUCUGCAGAGCCAAGAUCCAGAAAGGGAAUUUCCGUCCCAAUUGGGACCUGGCAAAUAUAUCAGAAAAGUUUAAACUCCGAGGAAAGGAGCUAUGUGAGAAACACAAGGAAAGACUCCACCUGUUCUGCAGAGAUGAUAAAGAAUUGGUGUGCAUGUUUUGUGAACGUUCCCCGGAACAUGAAUCGCACACUGUGGUCCUCAAGGAAGAAGUUGUCCAGGAAUACAAGAAUGUGAUGGAUAGUUGCCUGGAGAAUCUGCUGGAGGAGAGAGAGAAAAUUCUGGUAAAAAAAGCAGCGGUGAAAAGGGAAAGCGAAGACCUGCUGAAAUUAAUAGAAACGGAGAGGCAAAAGGCAGCCAAUGAGUUCAGGCAACUGCGCCAGUUUCUCAAAAAGCAAGAGAAGCGCCUGCUGAAUCAGAUGGAGAAGGUGGAGAAGGAGAUUGCAGCAAAAAGGGAUCAGCUCAUGGACCAGCUCUCUGAGGAACUCUCCUCUCUUCAAAGGAUCAUCCAGGAGAUGGAGGAGAAACGCCAGCAGCCAGGAAGUGAACUCCUCCGGGAUGUGAGAAGCACCUUGCAGAGAUAUGAGAAAAGAGAGAGACUAGGGAAUCCAGUGGAUCUACCUCCAGAGCUGAAGAAAAGGAUCUCGCAAUUCUGUGCUACAAAUCCCCUUCUGCAAGGUGACAUGAAGCAGUUCAAAGACACUGUAUUCCUCAGACUGGCUCAGAAAGCAAAUGUUGCUCUGGAUCCAGCCACAGCUUAUCCUCGGCUUGUCCUGUCUGAGGACUGCAAAAGCGUGAGAUGGCGAGACGAGUAUCAACACCUGCCCAACAAUUCUGAGAGGUUCUACAGUGAUCCUGCUGUGCUGGGACGUGAGGGCUUCACCAAAGGCAGCCAUUACUGGGAAGUCAUUGUGGGAAGUGAGGAGAUGUGGGCUGUUGGGGUUGCCAGGAAGUCAGUGAGGAGAAAGGGCUGCUUAGCCUUGAGUCCUGAAGGAGGGGUCUGGGCUGUGGGGAAGAGGGGAGGUUGGUACAGUGCCUUCAACCCCCCUGACAACCCUCCACUGUCCCUGAGCAACAAGCCCAAGCGGAUCCGAGUGACUCUGAACUAUGAUGGGAGGGAGGUGUCUUUCUUCGAUGCUGACACAGGAGCCCAUCUCUACACCUUCCUAGGAGCCUCCUUCUCUGGAGAGAUGCUCCUCCCUUUCUUUUGGCUGUCAGGAAACAAAACCCAACUUAGGAUGGCUUAAGCCUUAAGGGGACCAAAUCUACCUCUCAGGCCCGGGAGGCGCUUCUCUCCAGAGCAAAAUGAUUGCUCUGAAAGGGAACGUUUAUUUGCAAAGAGCUCUGUUGACAUCUUUGUAGAGGUCCAUGGAGAGGAUUCAUUCCAGCCACAAUCAGCAGAAAUAUGAAAAAGUGGGCUUUGCUUUUCCCACCCCACCCACAGUGUUCUCCCUGCAGCUUUGUUCCAAAAGAGACAGCAACACUUUCAGCAGUUCCAAACAAUUUAUUUCAGCGUCACUGAUGUCCAACCCUGGUUUCAUUUUUUAUUUUUCCACCUCUCCCUCUCCACAAGACCUCCACCAGCUGUUGACAUGUGUUUUUGUAUUGCUGAAGUGGAUUACUAGAAAGCAAUCCCUCCACCCAUAUCGGCAGGGAAACCUCAUUGAGUUGCAUCCAAAGCUAACCAUGCUUGGAGUUAGACCCACUGAAAGUUGUGCAUAUGGGUAACUUAGCUCCAUUGAUUUUGGUGAGCUUAUUCUGAAUAAAACAACCCAUUGCUUUGUAGACUUCAGAUCUCCAGAGGAAUAAAUAAAGGGGUUUAUGUCAGGGACCAGCUUCCAACCCCUGCUGCAAAUGAAACCUGCCCCUAGAUAUAGUUGCUCCAAGGUAAUUCAGUGGGGCCUCUUCUCAGUUCAUUGUCUUCUGGAUCAGUGCCUUAAUCCUUUGUAAUAAUAAAUACUGUAAAUAAAUAAAUGAUUGUUUUAUUUAUACCCCACCCUCCCCAGCCAAGACUGGGCUCAGGGUGGCUAACAACCAA